GUUUAUUUUUUAUGUUGCAUAAAAGUAAUAAAAGCAAUAAAAUGUUUACGUGCUCGGCACGAAUGUCAGGACUUCUGAAAAAUUGUGCAUAUAACUUGGCAACAACUCGUCACUUAAAUGUGCUUGGUAUCGAGACUUCAUGUGAUGAUACAGGCAUUGCGCUGGUCAACGAGAAGGGCGAUGUCCUCGGUAAUGUCUUGCACUCACAGCAGAAAUUCCAUACAAGAUACGGUGGUAUCAUUCCCCCGCGCGCCCAGGACUUGCAUCGCGCAAAGAUCGUUGAAAUUUUUGAGCGCUGCAUGAAAGAAGCGAAAAUGUUACCCAGUCAGUUGGAUGCCAUUGGCAUAACAACAAGGCCAGGACUUCCAUUAAGCUUGCUUGUUGGGACGCGCUUCGCUAAACAUAUCGCACGCAAAUAUAACAAGCCACUGGUGCCAGUGCAUCAUAUGGAAGCACAUGCUUUGCAGGCGCGCAUGGAGCAAAAUAUACCAUAUCCCUUUUUAUGCCUCCUCAUCAGCGGCGGUCACAGUCAAUUGGUUUAUGUGCGCAGUGCUAUACAAUUCGCUCUACUCGGCGAAUCGAUCGACGACGCACCCGGUGAAGCCUUCGAUAAAAUAGCACGCCGACUACGUUUGCAUCUCUUGCCUAAGUAUCAACAUUGGAAUGGUGGUCAAGCGGUGGAGGAUGCAGCAAAAAGUGCGCAGAAUCCAGCUGCCUUCGAAUUUCCUCUGCCGCUUGCGCGCGAACGUAACUGCAACUUCAGUUUUGCAGGUAUUAAAAAUAAUUCAUUUCGUAAUAUACGCGCUGCGGAGGGUCGAGAAGCAGGCACUCCACCAGACGGCAUCAUUCGUAACUACCACGACUUCUGCUCUGGCCUGCUGGCGGCAGUAAGCCGCCAUUUAAUGAAUCGCACGCAGCGCGCACUCGAAUACACCUUAUCGUGGUUUGGAGAAGGGCCGCGUUCAUUAGUUGUAUCAGGUGGUGUGGCUAAUAAUGACUACAUUUUUAAUGAUCUCGCACAUUUAGCUGAACAUUACGACUUUAAAACGUACCGGCCAUCGAAGAAGUAUUGUUCGGACAAUGGUGUUAUGAUUGCAUGGAAUGCCGUCGAGCAAAUAGCGGAAAAUCCCAGCUGCUUGCGUUGGGAUUAUGAUGCCGUACACAUACGUGGAAAGGCAAAAUUAGGCGAGUGCAUGUUGGACGCAGUAGCACAAGCGAAAAUCAAAUGCAAAUGGGUGCAAGCAUCCAAAUGGCGGGCGCGGGCUGGUGUGCAAGCGAUGCAAUAAAAUUUAUAUUUAUAACUUGAUCAAUGAUUGGUGGCAGAAUAACCGCAAUCCACAUUCAGGGGAGGUGUUUAUUUGUAUAUUAAGUGCGCGUUUACCCUGAUUUUCAGCUAAACUAAGUUUAAACGAGUGAUCGGGUAGUUUUAAUCUUAGUUUAAAUACUCACCUCACGUGAGGCUACUUUUACGUAGUCUACACUAAAAAAAACAAAAAUGCUUUAGUUUUAAGUUGUAAUUUUAUUGUUUUUGUUACAAUUUUUAUUUUAAUAUCUGAAAUCAAUAUUUAUAAUGUCUAUAACUAAAGUAAUGUAAAAAUUGA